AUGGUGUAAAAGGCGAUUUAUAACAGCACUUAACUUGUGAAAAAAGCAGAGGUUUUAUUAUCAUUAGAAUAUUUACAUAAUAAUGAUAUAAUAUAUCGUGAUUUGAAGCCUUAAAAUGUAUUGGUAUGUGAAGAUGGUCAUAUAAAACUAACUGAUUUCGGACUAUCCAAAGAAGGAAUUAAAGAAUAUGAAUAAGGAGCAAAAAGUUUUUGUGGAUCAGUAGCUUAUAUGGCUCCAGAAGUUUUAAAAAACUAAGGACAUGGUAAAUCAGUUGAUUUUUAUUAAUUUGGAAUUUUCAUAUACGAAAUGUUAACAGGGUAUACACCAUUUAGUGGUCCAGAUGAAUGCUAGAUUCAGACCUACUCCGAAUUAAAUUAAAAGACAUCCUUAUUUUUCUGGCUAUGA